CCGGAUGGUGCGCGUGCGGGCCCGGCCCGGAGCGGACGCUAGAGCUGCGCCGGCCUUCCGCGGGCCGCCGAGAGGCCUGUGAGGUUGAGGUCGAGCACGGCGGAGCGCAGGUGCUGGUGCCUAUUCUGGACUCUACACUUGGCAGUGUUGGUGACUGAGCAGGCUGAAGUCCAGGGGAGCACCUGCCGGGUCAGUUCUGUGCCUGCCUUGAGAAUCUGAUUCCCUGCUGCAGAGAAAAGCAGCACCCAGGCUCGGACACCCCAGGAAUGCACCAUGCCAAUAGUCGAUAAGCUGAAGGAGGCUCUGAAGCCUGGCCGCAAGGACUCAGCAGAGGAUGGGGACCUGGGCAAGCUGCUGGCCGCCUCUGCCAAGAAGGUCCUUUUGCAGAGGAUUGAAUUUGAACCUGCCAGCAAGAGCUUCUCCUACCAGCUAGAGUCCUUGAAGAGCAAAUACGUGCUGCUGAACUCCAGGGCCGAGGGAGCUAGUCGCCACAAGAGCGGAGAUGAGCUACAGGCCAGGAAACCAGGCACCGAGCGUGUGUCUGGAAGUGGAGGUGAUGGAGUCCCCGCCCCACAGAAAGUGCUCUUCCCUAUGGAGAGACUGUCUCUAAGAUGGGAGCGCGUUUUCCGUGUUGGUGCAGGGCUGCACAACCUGGGUAACACCUGCUUCCUGAACUCCACCAUCCAGUGCUUGACCUACACACCACCUCUGGCCAACUACCUGCUCUCCAAAGAGCACGCGCGGAGCUGCCACCAGGGGAGCUUCUGUAUGCUGUGUGUCAUGCAGAACCACAUGGUCCAGGCCUUCGCCAACAGCGGCAAUGCCAUCAAGCCUGUCUCCUUCAUCAGAGACCUGAAAAAGAUUGCCCGGCACUUCCGCUUUGGGAACCAAGAGGAUGCGCAUGAGUUCCUGCGGUACACCAUCGAUGCCAUGCAGAAGGCCUGCUUGAACGGUUAUGCUAAGUUGGAUCGGCAGACACAGGCUACUACCCUGGUGCAUCAGAUCUUUGGAGGCUAUCUCAGGUCCCGAGUGAAGUGCUCUGUGUGCAAGAGCGUCUCAGACACAUACGAUCCCUACUUGGACAUAGCCCUGGAGAUUCGGCAAGCUGCAAAUAUCGUGCGUGCUCUGGAACUUUUUGUGAAACCAGAUGUCCUGAGCGGAGAGAACGCCUAUAUGUGUGCUAAGUGUAAGAAGAAGGUUCCAGCCAGCAAGCGCUUCACCAUCCACAGAACAUCCAAUGUCCUAACUCUGUCCCUCAAGCGCUUUGCCAACUUCAGCGGGGGGAAGAUCACCAAGGAUGUUGGCUAUCCUGAGUUCCUGAACAUCCGCCCAUACAUGUCACAGAGCAGUGGUGACCCUGUCAUGUACGGGCUCUAUGCUGUCCUGGUGCACUCAGGCUAUAGCUGCCAUGCUGGGCACUACUACUGCUAUGUGAAGGCUAGCAAUGGACAGUGGUACCAGAUGAAUGACUCGUUGGUCCAUUCCAGCAACGUCAAGGUGGUUCUGAACCAGCAGGCCUAUGUGCUCUUCUACCUGCGAAUUCCAGGCUCUAAGAAAAGUCCUGAGGGCCCUGUCUCCAGGAUGGCUUCCACUCUUCCCAGUCGUCCCAGUGUCAUUCCAGAUCACCCCAAGAAGAGCCCUGGCAAUGGGGUCGUCUCCUCCCCGCUGAUGGCAAAGCGACAAGACUCUGUGACAAUGAGAAAGCUGCAGACCCCUGAGGAGAUUGGUGUGCCUGUGUCCAGGAAUGGCUCUGUGCCAGGCCUGAAGUUACAGAAUGGAUGUGUUCCGGCAAAGGCACCUGCCGGGUCCCCUUCCCCAAGACUCACCCCAACACCCACACACAUGCCCACCAUUCUAGAUGAGCCUGGAAAGAAGGUGAAGAAAUCAACUCCCUCGCAGUCCCUCACCGCAUCCCCUACCACUUCUCAGGGCUCUCCGGGGACCAGCGAAUCCAGGAGCCAGCGGCCUGGCUCCUGGUCAAGCAGGGACACCAUCUUCUCUACCUCACCAAAGCUCCUGGCCAAAGCCUUUGCUAAUGGGCACAGGCUGAAGGGGGAAGGCAAUGGUGUGGACCUGGAGAAGGGGGCUUCGAGCGGCUCGAGCCCUGAGCAUUCUGCCAGCAGUGACCCUGUCAAGGCCCCACAGACCCCAGAGGGCAGAGCCACACAUUUCUGUGAUUCUCAGGAAACAGACUGUCCCACCGCUGGCCAUUCCAAAGCACUGCUGAAUGGAGUAGACUCCAAGACAGGGAAGCAGAAGUCCCCUGCCCUGAGUAGCACCGCCACCGAGCCCACAAGCCUCAUGUCACCUCCACCAGCCAAAAAACUGGCCCUGUCUGCCAAGAAGGCCAGCACCCUGCGGAGGGCGACCGGCAAUGACAUCGGUUCACCUCCCCCCUCAGCACUCUCCGACCUCACCUACCCCAUGAAAGCUACCCACCCCGUCGUUGCCUCCACUCGGCCUGUCAGUAAAGCCAGGGCUGUUGCACCUGCCCCCCGACCAUCUACUCUCCUGAAGCAUUCCAUCCACCCCCACUCUGCAUCACUGUCCAGUAGUAGCGCCAAGCCCUUAGGGACCUCAGAGCCACAGAGCUGCCGCGCCUCUGCCUGGAUGCCCCUGCCUCAGGUCAAUGGGCACUUCUUGUCCCACUUACACCAGCUGCCAGAGGCCAGCGAGGCCCCGCACAGCCCCUCCAGAAAAAGGAAAAAGACCCCUAAUGGAGAUCCCCAGAGACUAGGCAUAGAUACACACUUCCCACAGUGCCUUGGGGGUGCACCUGCAGCAGCACGCAGGAAGAGGAAGAAGAAGAAGAAGUGCCUACAGGAUGAGGCUGCCACAGCUCCCCAGCAGGAAGGCCAGUCUCAGGACCAGCCUUGGAGUCCCAGGGGCCGGAAGGAAGAGGGUACACAUCCCCAGGUAAAUGGCCAUCAAGUGAAUCACGUCCUGGACAGUCACCAUGUGAGCAGCAAGAAAAGGAGGAAGAGGAAGAGAUCAGAGGGACUUAGCCAGGAAGCCACCCCGUCCCAGAACCUACUACAGCAUGGCUGCUCCCCUGCAGACCACUGUGAGCCUGAGGCCAGGACAGAGUUGCAGAGGAAGAAGAAAAGGCGAAAAAGGAAACGUGAGUCACAGCAGGAGGAGGAGGAAAGCAAGCACCCAGAAGGCCAGAGGAGCCCGAGGCCCAGCGUCACCCCAGUCCCUGAGCUGAGCGUGAAUGGCCAUCUUUCUAGUGACCGCCUGGGGCUGGGACAAGCGCCUCUCAUCACCUGGAACAGAGAUCGAGAACCUGAUGUGGUCCAAGAGUUGCUCCAGGACUCAUCUGAUAAGGCUUAUGGGAAAAAAGUUUUGACCUGGGAUGGCGAGCUUUCAGCUGUCAGUCAGGAUGCUAUCAAAGACAGCAGAUUGGCCCGGACCCAGACCGUGCUUGACGACUGGGAUGAAGAGUUUGAUCGAGGGAAGGAAAAGAAAAUUAAAAAGUUCAAGAGAGAAAAGAAGAGAAACUUCAAUGCUUUCCAGAAGCUUCAGAGUAGACGGAACUUUUGGUCUGUGACUCACCCUGCUAAGGUGGCCAGCCUCAGCUAUCGCCGCUGAGCUUACUGCACUUGUUAGAGGUGUGACUGACAGUGUCUUUUGAAGGACCCAGGGAUGUCAUAGGAUUGUCAUGGUUUCUCUUCUCACCAGGAAGACCAGUAUGCCUGUGCCACUGCAUCCCAGAGCUGUCACAUCACACCCUGGGAACUGUCCACUUGGAUCUGAGGAGCGGCCUUGCAGCCUCUACUGUACUGUGAGCCUGCCAUGGCGGAGGCUCCUGGUGCCACAGUUCAUAGAUGAUCCAAUGUAGAAGCCCUGGGGCUUCAGCUCAGGGCCUCUGGUGGCAUUCGUAAUGAACCUCACAAGAGAAGGCCUGGCCUGUGGUGUCAUGCUGACAGUAACCUAGGAGACAUCUGGAAAGGCUGAGCAUCCUCAUAGACCCUGGGGUCUAGGUAGGAAAACCCCUCUGUUCCUGGUCUGGGACUGUCAGAGACAAGGGACUGGAGCCAGCAUCUCCCAGCAUGUCCUUCACUCAGGAUGGCGGCAUGUUAGUGCCUCUUGUGGUGAGCCCUCCUUUGCUUUCCUAAGCUGGAGCUGUCUCGUGGCCCUCUCCUCAGAGGGGCCCCUGUGUGACUGACUGUCAGCUGCAGGGAGGAAGACCCCCUGGUGACUGCACUGCCCCCACCCCCAAGUGCAUCUCCUCAAAAGGACUCCACACCUUCUAGAAAUCAGCAGCUGCUGCGGAUAGGAGAGCCUUGAAAUACGUGCCAGUGCCUCUGCUUCUAAGGCUGCUGUCCCCGCCAAGGUGACUUUGAUGAGCUUCUCCUGCAUCUGCAGUAGCUGCGGGUCUCUGUCAAGGUGGUGGUCUUUAGAGGUGAUUUCUCCGUUAUUUUACUACUUACGAUAAAGCAUUUAUUUUUGACCAGG